ACGUGGAGGUGGCCCCGGGUCGGGGAGGAGGGGCGGCAGUGAGUGCCGGCCGAGUCGACGGGCGUCGUGCUAACGCAGGAACCGGUCGCCGAGUGUCCCCGCCAGGAUGAAGUUAAAGGAAGUAGAUCGCACAGCCAUGCAGGCAUGGAGCCCUGCUCAGAACCAUCCCAUUUACCUAGCUACAGGAACAUCUGCUCAGCAAUUGGAUGCAACAUUUAGUACCAACGCUUCCCUUGAGAUAUUUGAAUUAGACCUUUCUGAUCCAUCCUUGGAUAUGAAAUCUUGUGCCUCUUUCUCUUCUUCUCACAGGUACCACAAAUUGAUUUGGGGGCCUCAUAAGAUGGAUUCAAAAGGAAAUGUCUCUGGAGUUCUGAUUGCAGGUGGUGAAAACGGAAAUAUUAUUCUCUAUGAUCCCUCUAAAAUUAUUGCUGGAGACAAGGAAGUUAUGAUUGCCCAGAAUGACAAACAUACUGGCCCAGUGAGAGCCUUGGAUGUGAACAUUUUCCAGACCAAUCUUGUAGCGUCUGGCGCUAAUGAAUCUGAAAUCUAUAUUUGGGAUCUAAACAAUUUUGCAACUCCAAUGACACCAGGAGCCAAAACACAACCCCUAGAAGAUAUCAGCUGUAUUGCAUGGAACAGACAAGUUCAGCAUAUUUUAGCAUCAGCGAAUCCUAGUGGCCGGGCCACUGUGUGGGAUCUUAGGAAAAAUGAACCUGUCAUCAAAGUCAGUGAUCAUAGUAAUAGGAUGCAUUGCUCUGGAUUGGCGUGGCAUCCUGAUGUUGCUACCCAGAUGGUCCUUGCUUCUGAAGAUGACAGGUUACCUGUGAUCCAGAUGUGGGAUCUUCGGUUUGCUUCCUCUCCACUUCGUGUCCUUGAAAACCAUGCCAGGGGAGUUUUGGCAGUUGCUUGGAGCAUGGCAGAUCCUGAAUUGUUGCUGAGCUGUGGAAAAGAUGCUAAAAUUCUCUGCUCCAAUCCACACACAGGAGAGGUGUUAUAUGAACUUCCCACAAAUACCCAGUGGUGCUUCGAUAUUCAGUGGUGUCCGAGAAAUCCUGCUGUCUUAUCAGCUGCUUCCUUUGAUGGGCGUAUCAGUGUUUAUUCUAUCAUGGGCGGGAGCACUGAUGAAUUACGGCAAAAACAAGUGGACAAGCUGUCAUCAUCGUUUGGAAAUCUGGAUCCCUUUGGGACAGGACAAGUCCUUCCUCCAUUACAAAUACCACAGCAGAGUGCUCAGCACAGUAUAGUGCUGCCUCUCAAGAAGCCACCUAAGUGGAUCCGAAGGCCUGUUGGUGCUUCCUUUUCAUUUGGAGGCAAACUGGUUACCUUUGAGAAUGUCAAAGUGCUGUCUCAGCAGGGAGCUGAGCAGCUGCAGCACCAUCCUGUGUUCAUCAGCCAAGUUGUAACAGAAAAGGAAUUCCUCAGCAGGUCUGACCAACUUCAGCAGGUCGUACAGUCCCAAGGAUUUGUGACUUACUGUCAGAAAAAAAUUGAAGCUUCUCAAACUGAGUUUGAGAAAAAUGUGUGGUCAUUUUUGAAGGUAAACUUUGAGGAUGAUUCUCGCGGAAAAUACCUUGAACUUCUGGGAUACAGAAAAGAAAACCUAGGAAAAGAGAUUGCUUUGGCCUUGAACGAAGUGGAUGGGCCUGAUGUGGCUCUUAAAGACUCUGACCAAGUAGCACAGAGUGAUGGGGAGGAGAGCCCUGCUGCUGAAGAGCAGCUGUUGGGAGAGAGAAUUAAAGAAGAAAAACAAGAAUCUGAAUUUUUACCCUCAGCCGGAGGAACAUUUAAUAUUUCUGUCAGUGGAGACAUCGAUGGUUUAAUUACUCAGGCUCUGCUGACGGGUAAUUUUGAGAGUGCCGUUGACCUUUGUUUACAUGACAACCGCAUGGCAGAUGCCAUUAUAUUGGCCAUAGCAGGUGGACAAGAACUCUUGGCUCGAACCCAGAAAAAAUACUUUGCAAAAUCCCAAAGCAAAAUUACCAGGCUGAUCACUGCCGUGGUGAUGAAGAACUGGAAAGAGAUUGUUGAGUCUUGUGACCUUAAAAAUUGGAGAGAGGCUUUAGCUGCAGUGCUGACGUAUGCCAAACCAGAUGAAUUUUCAGCCCUCUGUGAUCAUUUGGGAGCCAGGCUUGAAAGUGAAGGUGACAGCCUCCUGCAGACUCAGGCAUGUCUCUGCUAUAUUUGUGCAGGGAAUGUAGAGAAAUUAGUUGCAUGUUGGACUAAAGCUCAAGAUGGAAACAACCCCUUAUCCCUUCAGGAUCUGAUUGAGAAAGUUGUCAUCCUACGAAAAGCUGUACAGCUCACUCAAACCGUGGACACGAAUACAGUAGGGGUGCUUUUGGCUGAGAAGAUGAGUCAGUAUGCCAGUUUGCUAGCAGCUCAGGGCAGUAUUGCUGCGGCCCUGGCUUUUCUUCCCGAAAACACUAACCAGGCAAAUAUUAUGCAGCUUCGUGAUAGACUUUGCAAAGCACAAGGAGAGCCUAUAACAAGACACGAAACACCCAAAACUCCUUAUGAGAGGCAGCAUCUGCCCAAGGGCAGGCCUGGACCAACUGCUGGCCACACACAGAUGCCAAGAGUUCCAACUCAACAGUACUAUCCUCAUGUUAGAAUUGCCCCUACUGUCACUACCUGGAGUAACAAAACUCCUACUGCCCUUCCCAGCCAUCCACCUGCAGCCUCUCCCUCUGACACACAGGGAGAAAAUCCUCCACCUCCAGGUUUCAUAAUGCCCGGAAGUGUUAAUCCAAGUGCUGUCCCUCAGCUGCCCACAUCGCCAGGUCAUAUGCACACCCAGGUACCACCUUAUCCUCAGCCACAGCCUUAUCAACCAACCCAACAGUAUUCAUUCGGAACAGGGGGGUCAGCAGUGUAUCGACCUCCGCAGCCUGUCGCUCCUCCUGCUUCAAACGCUUACCCUAACACCCCUUACAUAUCUUCUGCUCCUUCCUAUUCUGGGCAGUCUCAGCUCUAUGCAGCACAGCACCAGGCCUCUCCGCCUUCUUCCAGCCCUGCGGCUGCUUUCCCUCCUCCCCCUCCCUCUGGAGCGUCCUUCCAGCAUGGCGGACCAGGAGCUCCACCAUCAUCUUCAGCUUACGCACUACCUCCUGGAACAACAGGUACACUGCCUGAUGCCAGUGAGCUGCCUGCGUCCCAAAGAACAGAAAAUCACUCUCUCCAAGACCAGGCACCUAUGUUGGAAGGUCCUCAAAAUGGUUGGAAUGAUCCUCCAGCUUUGAACAGAGGACCUAAGAAGAAGAAGAUGCCUGAGAAUUUUAUGCCGCCUGUUCCCAUCACAUCACCAAUCAUGAACCCUUUGGGUGACUCCCAGUCACAGAUGCUGCAGCAACAACCUUCAGCUCCAGUUCCACUGUCAAACCAGGCUGCGUUGACACAGCCACAUCUUCCAGGUGGCCAACCCCUCCAUGGCAUACAGCAACCCCUUGGUCAACCAGGCAUGCCACCAUCUUUUUCAAAGCCUAAUAUUGAAGGCGCUCCGGGGGCGCCUAUUGGAAAUACCAUCCAGCAUGUACAAUCUUUGCCAACAGAGAAAAUUACCAAGAAACCCAUUCCAGAGGAGCACCUCAUUCUAAAGACCACCUUUGAGGAUCUUAUUCAGCGCUGCCUCUCUUCAGCCACAGAUCCUCAAACCAAGAGGAAGCUGGAUGAUGCCAGCAAACGUUUGGAGUUUCUAUAUGAUAAACUAAGGGAUCAGACAUUGUCCCCUACCAUCGUCAGUGGCUUGCACAGCAUCGCGAGGAGCAUUGACGCUCGGGACUACCCUGCAGGGCUGAACAUCCACACCCACAUAGUCAGCACCAGCAACUUCAGCGAGACCUCCGCCUUCAUGCCUGUUCUCAAGGUUGUCCUCACCCAGGCCAACAAGCUGGGUGUCUAAAAGGAUAACAUCACCCCCUGCCAAUAUGGCCAUUUCCAAAGAAAUAUGUUUAAAAUAUUAAGACAUGGACCAAGUAUCAGUCCUCACGCGGAUGCUCCCACAGCAGCCAGUCAAGAGCAUUUAUACUGUUUCUGCAGAUAUACUCACCUUACAGCUGUCCAGGGCCUGGUGCUCCUCCCCCCCGCCCCACCCAGUUUUAAUCUUCAGUUGCCCAUGAUGAUCUUCCUAUUCUGCAAAUAGUAUAUUUCCUGGAUUACACUUAGUAAGGUUUCCUAAAGUAUUCUGAUAAAAAUAGUUCUGUAAAUCACAGUAUGCUUUAUGGGAAGAGCAUCCGGUUGGUUAUGCUAAUAAGCAGAGCUAAAAUGAAAUUUCUUUCAGGUUCUCCCACCUCCCUCCAUGUCACACAGAUUAAAGGGCGUAAUCCUAUUUCAGUGUGUAUGUAGUCUCUACUUUUUUUUUUUUUUUAAAACAACUGCUUACAGCUUCAUGUAAUCCCCAAUUUUUUGUGGUUUAGGCUACACUCUGGUCCUGAUCAAAUAAUCAAAGAGCUGUGGAUAGAUUUUAGCAAAUCAGAGUCAAAACUGGCCCACCAGCUUUAAAUAGCUAUAGGAAAAGAUUGAACACUUUCAUUCUGUAGAAUACAUUGAACUUUGUUUUAAUAAAUGUUUUCAAUAUUC